GCUGCGUUCGCAGAGAGAGAGCUUGAGCUGGUUGCGCAAAGCCCACCAUCGUCUUGCUGCGAUCGAGUUCGUUUUCUUGCUACUCAACAACUCCGUCGUAGUGCUGCCCACCCUCAGUACCACCAAGUCCACGGACCGGCACGAAAAUGCAGCUUCUGAAGCGGAACAAGACCAAUCCAAGCUUCGCCAUCAACAUCGAGAGCGGUGUGGAGGAAGUGCGAGACGUCAAGGUGCACGAGGAAUGUGACUUUCUGGUGGAUGUGCUAACGGGGAAGAGCUCCGUUUCGCCGGACUUUUGCUGCCGGAUGCUGUACAUGAUUCUGUGCACCUGCUUCACGACCGAUACCCGCGAGAAACGGCGCCGCGUCGAGAUUGAGCAGCGAUCGCGGAGCCUAACCGCGUGUCAGACCAUCUGAAGUGAAGAUCAUCUGUUCGGUCUCCAUGCGGACCGCCUGGAGUAACUUUGGAGCAAUCUGAUGCACCAGUGUAUGUGCGUGUGUGUUUUUGUGUAUGUGUGCUAAGUGAAUUCACGUGCGUGAAACGUGCGUGCAGUGCAGUGCGGUUGCAAGCAAUGGCACCAUUCGUUCGCAAGUCAGUCAGUCUCCUCAAACCAUUGUCGGUGCAAUAGCUUUGUAAGGCACUACUGUAUAUCGUUAAGACAGUCAAGCCUCGUGGUAAAGGCUUAAAGUUA